AUGCAUUACCUACGCGCCCACAAAUUGUUGCGACUCAAACAUAUCUACGACUUCUAUUACAAAACUGCUGCCGAAUUAACCAACAAUCUUACGACAUUACAGGUGGUGACGACAUCGUUGCUAGUUGUGCUAUUCAUACACACAUUUACUUGUAUCUGGCUAGUGACCUUAAUUGCUACUUCGCCCGUCAACUUCAUCAGAACAAUGAAAAUGCAUCUUAUCGAUGAAGAUACGCCUCAAUCUCGUUGGGACUAUAUAACAUCAUUAUAUCUAGUCAUCUCAGAACUCACUGGAACCGGAGGCGACGAGAUCCACAUCAGUAACAUAUUUCCAAUGGCCAUAUUGGCCCUCUGUCUUAUUUGUGGCAAAAUGCUAGCGGCCAUUGUAGUUGCCACAUCCAUUCAAAUAGCCUAUUCUACCAAAUACGCAUUGAACAGCUAUGAAAUGAGAACUGAAGAACUAAUUUGCGUAUUGAAGAACCAAGGCUUAUCAGAUUAUCAAUAUCAAAAGUUCUGGAAAUACGUGCGGCAGCUUUGGGUGAAUGAGCGCGGCCGGCAGCUGCCAGAAUUGUUAGCAAAAACACCAUAUGUACUACGUUGUGACCUAAUGAAUGCGAUGUUUGGCCACCAUAUCAGGAAUUGUUACUUAUUCUCUGACACCGGUGAACCGUUCUUACGUCAGUUAAGCGCUGCAUUGAAUUACACGGUUUUCUUUCCCGGUAACUACAUAGUGGUGGCGGGUGACAGCGAGGCCCGCAUGUUCUGGGUGGCAUCGGGAACGGUGUCCGUGGUAUCUGUACGCGUAGAUUUGACAGAGACAACACACGAGUCACUUGGCCCUGGAGACGCGUUCGGCAUGCUUCAGGGUUUGAAUCGGGGGGUUUCCCAUUAUUUCUCGUAUAGAGCGGAAACUAAGGUGGGUAUUUUAACGUUAAAUUUGGAUUCGUGGAUUAACAUCGUUUCCUUUUUUCCUCAUGCGCAGAAAAUUAUUUCGGAGAGAUCUGAAGUUUUGUUUGCCCAAAUU